CAGUGAAGCUUGUGAAUCAGGAACAAGUAAGCUCAUUGAAGGUUUCUGUUUCAUGUAACGAGGACAUUUGAUAAAAGCAUCUUCACAAAGCAGACAUGGAGAUGAUGAGAUAUAAAACAGUGAUAAGAUUCCUCUUUAGCACUGGGAUCUUUUUUCAAGCCUGCGAAUCAGACGUGAGUUGCAGGAAUGACGAUGGAAACGAGGUCGACUGGUACAUCUUAUACAAGUUGCCCAACAUGAACGACGGUGGUCUGUCAUAUCUGUACAUGGAUGAGAGCAGCAGUGGUUGGACACGCAGCAGAGAGAAUAUCAACAGCAACUCUGGCACCCUGGCCCACACCCUGAAACCUCUUCUCGACUUCUACGACCAAAAGACGGCAGGAUUUGGAUAUCUGCUCUAUAACGAUCAGCCUCCGAAACCAAAAAAGCCAGCUCCUGCAUCAUUUGGACACAGUAAAGGAGUCGUAAUGUUGGGCGAACGAACUGGAGUCUGGCUCUCACACAGCACACCAAAAUUUCCAACAUAUCGCAGUCAAGACUUCUGGCCUCAAAGUGGAAACGCUAAUGCUCAAACAUUUAUAUGUGUCACUUACUCCUAUGCUACAUUCAAACAAAUAGGACUGCAGCUCAAAUACAUCCACGCUUAUUCAUACGACUCUAGAAUAACCAAAACCUUUCCAACUGAGCUGCGCUGUGUGGCACUGAGAACCUGCUACCCAAAGAGGACGCCCUGGUUUAGAAUAAUGACGCUGACGUCGGUGAAAGGACAGAGGUUCAGCAGCUUUGCAAAAUACUCACGAUUUGGGGAUGAUAUUUACUCUGGCCUUAUUGUAAACUCUGUGAAGAAGCAUCUGUACGUCAAGAGCUGGGGAAAGAUGCGUCGCCCCCUGCCUUCUAACUGCAGCAUCCCUCACCAUGUGUACAAUGUGAAGAAGGUACAACUUCCCGGCACACUGCCCUUCACCGACACUGUCGAUCACUCCAAGUGGAGCGUGACGGCUGACGGUGGCUGGACCUGCAUCGCCGACAUGAACAGGGAGAUGAGUCAGAAUGGCAGAGGUGGAGGAGCCAUAUGCAUCAAUGAUGCUGAUGUCUCUGCCGCUUUCUCUUUACUGAUUAAACAGAGUGAACCAUGUAAACCAUGAACGUGCACGUGCUCAGCAAAGAGAGCUUUAAUGGCACAACCCUAUGAAAUUCUUUUUUUUUUUUUCGUCAGGAAACUGAAGUGACUUAUCCAGAAAUUUGUUUUGUUGUACUGUAUACAUUUUUAGAAGUUAUACCCAAGUUUGUUUUAGUGUAUGAUCAACUCUGUCUUUUAUUUUCUGUGUGGUUUAUUUCUACAAAUCAAAGACUGCAUGACUUUUAUUUUAAAUCAUGUUUGAAGAAGUUUAAGAAGAAAUAAUGUGUUUUAAUAGCUUGAUUUCCUUUAUUUUAACAUAUAUAUCUUUAUUGCCUAUAAUUUAUAUUUUCUAAUCAUUACAUAAAGCUCAAGACAUAAAAAAAACCUGUGAUUAGACGGUGAAAAAAUACACAUUGUUUUAAAUUUUCCCUUUUUCGGGGGACCUUUGGCUGUAAGGUUAGAUAAACCUGAAGUAGAAAUGUUGUCAUCUUUUUUUAUGUAUUUUAUUUCUUUUAAACUUUUAAAUUUCUUUAAAAUUUUAUUUCAACUUCAAAUCAUUCAGACCAAAUUUUUAUUGAGCCUUUUUUUGGUUGUAUUUUAUUUUUGAGUGUACCAUG